GUCAGGGAUUGAAAAUUCUGGGGAGCGCUAGGCAUUAGACAAAGCAAUCUCACCCAAUUUGGGCACGGCGAGGAAAGGACCAUGGCGGAAAGGCAGGCGUUGGAGCAGCAACUACAGCGACAAAUAGAGCCGCCGCAGCUGCAGUCUCCAUCGCAGCAGCCAAGAGAAGACAUGCUUGAUUGCGUGAUGCACUUAGAGAACGCUUUGCUUCCGUGUUUGCCCGCUAGAGAGCUCCAGGCCAUUGAUCGCUCGCCUCAUCCUUCUCAUCAGAUUGAUGUUGGGAGGCAUGCCAGAGACUUCAUGGAGGCUGCCAAGAAACUUCAACUCUAUUUUAUUGGUCUCCAACGUGAAGAUCAACCAACUACGGCUGAAACAUUGAGAAAGGAAGUAGCUGUGAUGGAAGAAGAGUUGAAGAUAAAGGAUGAGAUUAUUAAAAAGCAAGAGAGACUCAUCCAAGCUUGGAGGAAGGAGUUGAAAGAACAACUGGAUAAACACAAAACUGAAUUGGAGAGGGUGUAAUGAGACAGCAAUUAAGCCUAUAAUCAAGCCAUUAGGUUGAGAGAUCUAGGCCAAAAUUUAUUUAGAAAAUCUGUUCUUUGCUUGUGGCAUUAUUUUUCAUGUGCCACUUGUAUGCUUGAAUCUAGAUGUAAAAUGGCUGUAGAUCACAAAUUUGCAUGCCUUAAUUUUCAGCAAUCAGAUUUCGUGGUCAUGUCCGACUUACUCUUUACAUAUUGUAUUCUCUGUGUUAAAUACAUGAUGAGAACAAAUGUUAAUCUGGAGCAAAGUAGAUCUGAUGAAGGUAAA